AUGGCCGGGAAACCAGAGCAAGCUCUGUCCGGAGACUCGAGAGCUUCGGCCGAGCCACACACGUUCCAGAUAUCCCAUUUCCGCCUACAAGCCCCAUCUCCCGGCCCUGCACACGCUUCUUUGAGCUGGAUUCGUCCUCGGCGUUACGACUCGACGCGUUCCAAGCCCAUCCUUCCCCUAGCUCCAGCUUCAGUGGAACCCAAGUGGCCCAUCCAAGACUCAUCAGCCAUGUAA